AUGGCGGUCUUCAACAUCUGCUGCGGGGAGAUGGCUCCGCCAUCGCCGGCAAUGUCAACUCAGCGACCUGCAAGGCCGGCAGAAAGUUUCUGGAGUCCGAAGUGGUGCCUGUGCUCGGAGCCUGUUGAGAUAGCCCAUCAGGAUAUCUCCAGGAGCGAGGUCGCAUGCCAGGACCCUUCAGCCGGCAGGACUACACCCCGCAGGACCCUGCACACCGGGGAUUUUGGCACGGAGCUGUCAUACCACACGGCCAACACAGCCAAAAGCAAGCCCAAGGUGAACACAUGCCAGUCCAGAAGGAGCUCUGAGUCACUGAAUGUCCUCGCAAUUUUUGAGCAUGCGGGAGAGUGGUGGCUGCCGCAUGAAAGUGCUUCGGUGGAGGACUGCGAUUUGCUCCAGGAGUCCUGGCUGGGAAGGCUUCCAAGAAAAAGCUACCGGAACACGAGCACUACAGCCUUGCUUCAACACGGGAUGAGCGGCUGGGUGCGACGCAGGGUCUCUGGGAGCCGGCAUCGUUUCGUGGAGAAUGGCUUCGACUUGGACCUGGCCUACGUGACGUCUCGCCUGAUUGCCAUGGGCUUCCCGGGUCGGGGCUCGGGAGCGUGCUUUCGGAAUCCACACAGCGAGGUGAAGCGCUUCCUGGAAGGAGCCCACCAAAACCACUUUCGCAUCUACAACCUCUGCGCUGAGAGACACUUUCGGGACAACGGCUUCCCGAAGGAGACGGUAGCAUUCCCCUCGGCAGACCACUGUCCACCGGACUUCUCCGACAUGUUGGACUUCUGCCAAGAUGUUGAGACCUGGCUGCAGGCCGACGAGCAGAAUGUGGCGGUCAUUCACUGCAAGGCUGGCAAAGGGCGUAGUGGCACCAUGAUUUGCGCACUGUUGCUCUACUCGGGAGCUGUGACGGCAGCCCGGGAUGCCUUGCGUUGGUUUGGUCGCAUUCGUGGAGGCACACGGGUGGGUGUAACAAUACCGUCACAGAUUCGAUGGAUCGCUAUGUUCGACAUCUGGCUGCAGGGCUCUGUGCAGCUCACGAGCACACCGGUCAAUACGACGACGGCCCUGAAGUAUCGGCUGAAAUCCUUGCGUGUCGGACCACUGCGAUCUAACAUGCUGAAGGACUCCUGCUUCCUCCAAAUCGGCCUCGGUAGCCGACAAGCUUUCGAGGGUUUCAAAUGGGUGCAGUGGCACCCAACCAUGCCGGCAGAACCAUCCCAAAAUGGAGUUUGCGAGUAUUUGGUGGAAAGCCCUUGGUGGACUGAAGUGGACGGCCUUGUGUGCGUCCGGCUCAAGACAUCGAAGUCCUGUUUAGCGGCCCUGGCCCGGCCUCGGACGCACAGCGUACGCGCCUGGUGGCACCACUCCUUCCUACAGCGGAAGCUCAGGGAGAGCGAAGAGGUGCUUGUGCUAGACCUGCCCAAGACGUGCAUUGAUGGCUUGCAGCGAGAUGCUGCAGAUCACGUCCUUGUGCCGGCUGAGUUUAGGCUGACCUUGACCUUUGAAACGGAGGAUUGA